AGUGGUUGGUGAUCUCGAUUCCCAGCGCUUGAUGUCAUACCAGCGUCUAUCGUGCCGACUCCAGCGACAACAUGGAAAUACACGUGCACUGCAGCAUGUUCUGGCCUGAAUCCUAGGCGCCAGGCCUCAACCUCUUCUCCUCUCCCUCUUAAGUUGAACUCUAACCACAGUCCCACUCAUUCCGCCUACCCUCAGCCUUCUCCUACCAUUCAUUCUGAAUCCCUCUCAAUUUCUGAUGCUGCGUGUCAUUCGUCGUUUGAAAUUUCGUCCCACAAUUACGCGUAGUAGCCCAGAAGAACGACAUAUCAGACUUGAAAUCAUCAACGGAAAGAAUCUUUGAGUCCCCUCCAGGCGCAUGCCCGCUGGCAUUUAUGUGUCCAUCGAUGUCGACUCGAGGAAACGCUGGAAAUCGGCUAUCAGGGUCUUAUCAUCCGAACAAUCAGUAGCGUGGGGGGAUACUGUGAUUCUAUCAUCACAUACCUCACCUGCAUUAUCAGCGGAAAUCAGGGCGUCCUAUGAGGUCGAUCGAAUGCUAGGCAGUGGAGAAGUGAUCGGAAAACUUCAAAUGUCGUGGGAUGAACUACUCAAUCAUGGAGGUCAGCCAUUCAAUAUAUCCUUCCCACCCGUGCGCGGUGUCCAUCCUUUCCUCACACUGAAGGUUGCCAUUAUACAUACUUCCGACAAUCAAAACGGCGCACUGUUUGAAUCCCUCGUAGACUACAAAAUUGCGCGAGACACAGAUGUGGGCCACGCACGAUUGGCCAAAUACGUGACGAGCAAGAAGGUCUCUCACCUGAACGAUGCUGUAGAGCGUUUUCAGUUAGUUCUGGACCGGUGUCCGGUCAGCCAUCUAGACCACGCAACAGCUCUUACCAAUCUUGCGUAUGCACGCCUUGAAGGCUAUAUCGAAAACCAUCGUGAGGACAUCAAUACCACCACUUCCCUCUUCCGCGACGCCCUUGCAUUGCGUCCGCAGCACCAUCCCGAUCAUCCCUUAUCUCUAUAUAAUCUCACCACAGCGCUGACUUGGCGCUACAAGAAGAAACAGGACACCUACCUUUGUAGCAUUGCGGCAGGGGAAAAUGGUGUCGACUAUGUGAUUGGUGGAUGCAACGAUCUUCCAACUGAUGCAUCUGAUGCAGACAUCCACCUUCGAAGAGUCGUCCUCGAGUUCUGUCCUCUGGGCCAUCAACUCCGUCCCAGUGCCCUUCACUGGCUUGCACAGGCCGUCGAAGCCCGCUUCCAACAGUGUGGCAGCAUUGAUGAUAUAGACGAGACUAUACAACUUUGUCGUGAAGCCGUUCGACUGUGCCCCGAGGGACAUGCUGACUACGAUACCUACCUGAUCAGCUUGUCCUUAUCACUCGUGUUCCGCUUUAAUCACCAAGGCAAAUGUAAUGACCUCGAUGAGGCCAUCUUUUUGCAAGAAGAAGCGCUGUACCUGCGCCCUGUUGGGAACGAAUCUUGGUAUUCGUCAUUGAACAACCUAGGGAGCACCCUCCUCACCCGUAGCGACAUAAGCGGCGAAAUUGAUGACAUCACCCGAGCUAUCAGCCUCUAUCGCGAGGCCCUGAUGUUGUGCCCACCUGGGCAUCCACACCGUGACACCACGCUUGGCAACCUGGCCAACGCGCUUGAAACCAGAUAUGAUAAAUCAGAUGUCAGCGACGAUCUUAACGAGGCCAUUGAUCUGUAUCGCGAAUCCCUUCGCUUAAUGCAGCUUGACGAUCCAAGGCGCCAUGUGAAUCUUUACAAUUUUAGCUCAGCGCUCUGCUCUCGUUUCACGCACACUCAGGUGAAUGAAGAUGUUGAGGAGGCCAUUACUUUCUGCCAACAAUCAUUGGCGGUUCUGCCUUCACUACACCCGGACAGGUGUUUCAGCUACGCGUGGCUGCGGACGGCCUGUUUAUCUCGUUACCAGAUUCUACACAACUCUGCUGAUUUAUCGCUCGCAAUGGAGAACUUCCGACGAAUGGCAUCCAGUCAUCCUAGUCAAGGAUUUCCUCGGCGUAUCAAAGAGGCUAUUGACUGGGCUCGCCAAGCAGAACUUCAUCAACAUCAAUCUGCCCUCGAAGCAUACCAGAUGUGCUUUGAGCUUUUCGACAGCCACGUGAUGACGCGAUCAUCGCUUAUCUCACGGCGUGAGGCUGCAACCGCUUUUCGUGAUGCACAAUCAUUUCCUGUAGAUGCAGCCUCAUGUGUCAUACGUUGUGGUAAUUUACAACAGGCAGUUGAACUUCUGGAGCAAGGUCGUGGCCAGCAAUGGUCACUGGCAUCUCGACUCAGGACUCCAGUUGCAGACCUCGAAUCAGCAAAUCCGAGACUGGCGCACAAUUAUUUGGAGCUGAGCAAGCACAUUUCCAAUUUCGCACAGAGUUCUGCAAUUAUCACCGACAGAGCUGCUGUUGAUCGGGCAGCAACAGAGUAUAGGAGACUUCUGAAGCAAUGGGAAGCUGCGGUAGCUGAGAUACAUGAUCUUCGAGCGUUCUCACGGUUCCUACUCCCACCUUCAUACAAAGACCUACAAGCAGCAGCACGCCAUGGCCCGGUCAUUAUCCUCAUUGCGAGUCAACACUUGUGCAGCGCCAUCAUUAUCCCGACGUCAGGAGACCCCCAUCAUGUUCCCUUUCCGUCUGUCACUCUCGCAGAUCUGAACAAUCUCAAUGAUCGCUUCACCAGGGCAAUACGACAAGCAUCUCGGAUGAAUCCAACUGAGCCGAGACGGAUCUAAUAGUACUCUCGCG